AUGAGUAGGACUCUGCUGUGGCUGGCGGCCUCUCUGGCCUUCGCCUCUCUCACUUCUCUGGCUAAUGGAGCUCCGUUGCAGGUGUUGUCUUCCCCCAACUUGUUGCGGGUAGGAACAGCAGAAAAAAUCUUUGUGGAGUGUCAAGACUACACGGGAGCGGACAUUAGGGUCGAAAUCAGUGUGAUGAACCAUCCAACCAAAACCAAAAGGCUGGCGUCCACAACUGUGACCCUCACCAAUGCAAACAGCUUCCAAGAGCUUGGUCAGAUAACGAUCCCCUCUGGUGACUUCAGUAAGGAUCCCAACAUGAAGCAGUAUGUGUACCUGCAAGCUCACUUCCCCGACCGAGUGCUGGAGAAAGUCGUCUUAGUGUCCUUCCAGUCCGGGUACAUCUUUAUCCAGACUGACAAGACCAUCUACACCCCCAACAGCAAAGUUCAUUACAGGAUGUUUGCGCUGACGCCUCGUAUGGAGCCCAUAGAGAGGGAUGCUGACACCCAAACUGAAGCUUCUAUUGCCAUUGAGAUUAUGACCCCUGAUGGCAUCAUUUUGCCACUUGAUCCAGUCACUCUGAAAUCAGGGAUCCACUCUGGAGAUUUCCAACUUGGUGAAAUUGUCAGUCCUGGAGUGUGGAAGGUAGUGGUGAAGUUUCACAACAACCCACAGGAGAGCUUCUCUGCAGAGUUCGAGGUCAAAGAAUACGUGCUGCCCAGUUUUGAGGUGAAACUGAUGCCCGUGAGCCCUUUCUUCUACGUGGACAGCCAAGAGCUCACCGUCAACAUCAAAGCUACGUAUCUAUUUGGUGAAGAGGUGGAAGGGAUGGCCUAUGUAGUAUUUGGGGUUAUACUAGAUGGUCAGAAAAAGGGAUUUCCAGGUUCUCUUCAGAGAGUCCAGGUUAAGGAAGGAGUUGGAGCAGCCACACUGAAGAGAGAGCACAUCACAGCCACCUUCCCAAACAUCCUCAAGCUGGUGAAGAAUCCCAUAUUUGUAUCUGUCAGUGUGCUGACGGAAAGCGGUAGUGAAAUGGUGGAGGCAGAGUUGAGAAGCAUCCAGAUUGUCACGUCACCGUACACCAUCCACUUCAAGAGAACACCAAAAUAUUACAAACCAGGAAUGUCCUUCGAUGUUGCGGUUGAAGUUGUGAAUCCUGAUGACACUCCUGCACAAGGCGUUGCAGUGGUGGUCGAGCCAGGCCAUGUGAUGGGCUUCACCGCAGCCAAUGGCAUGGCAAGGCUUACCAUCAAUACAGAAGCAAGGACAGACAGACUGCAAAUCACAGCAAAGACAGAUGAUCCUCAAAUUACACGUGAAAGACAAGCAUCAGCCACAAUGGUAGCUCUCCCGUAUGUCACCAAAAACAACAACUACAUCCACAUAGGUGUGGAUACAGCUGAGCUCCAGUUAGGAGACAAUCUGAAAAUCAACCUUAACCUCAGGCGGCAAAAUCCAGACAAUGACAUCACAUAUCUGGUCCUGAGCAGAGGUCACCUGGUGAAAAGUGGCCGUUACAAGACAAAAGGCCAAGUACUGAUUUCCUUGAUACUUCCUAUUACCAAAGAAAUGCUGCCAUCAUUCCGCAUCAUAGCCUACUACCAUACAAAUGACAAUGAAGUGGUGUCAGACUCUGUUUGGGUGGAUGUCAAGGACUCCUGCAUGGGCUCGCUGAGGCUGGAAUCAACGAGACCCGCUCCCUCGUACGAGCCUCGCAGGAUGUUUGGCCUGAAGGUCACUGGAGAUCCAGAGGCCACAGUGGGACUGGUGGCAGUUGACAAAGGUGUCUAUGUCCUGAACAACAAGCACCGUCUCUCCCAGAAAAAGGUGUGGGACAUUGUAGAGAAGUACGACACAGGCUGCACACCAGGUGGAGGGAAGAAUGGUAUGGGUGUGUUUUACGAUGCUGGGCUGUUGUUCGAGUCCAGCACGGCUUCUGGGACUCCCUACAGACAAGAAUCGAAAUGUCCGGCCCCCAGCAGGAGGAAACGAACCACUAUAAUGGACGUCUCAACCAGCUUAGUCAGUCAAUAUAAAGAACAACUGCAACGUGAGUGUUGUUUGGAUGGCAUGAAGGACACUACUUUGACAUACAACUGUGAGAGGCGCAGUGAGUACAUCGUGGACGGCGCAGCCUGUGUCAAGGCCUUCCUGCACUGCUGCAAGGAGAUGGAACGCCAGCGAGCUGACAGGAGGGAAGAUAGUCUCCAACUGGCUCGCAGUGAGGAGGACGAAAGUUACAUGGACACCAAUGAAAUUGUUUCUCGCACCAAGUUUCCUGAAAGUUGGCUGUGGUCAGAUAUCAAACUGCCUAGUUGCCCUCGACAAACACCGAACUGUGACUCCACAUAUUUUGUGAAAAAUGUUCCUUUGCAAGACUCCAUCACGACCUGGCAGUUCACUGGCAUUAGUCUGUCAAGAACUCACGGAAUCUGUGUUGGCGAUCCGCUCGAGGUGAUUGUCCGCAAGGAAUUCUUCAUUGACCUCAGGCUGCCCUACUCUGCUGUCCGAGGAGAGCAGAUAGAAGUUAAGGCAAUUCUCCACAACUACAGCCCUGAUCUGAUCACCGUGCGAGUAGAUCUGAUUGAGGAGAAGCAUGUGUGCAGUGCAGCAUCGAAACAUGGAAGGUACCGUCAGGAAGUCAAAGUUGGGCCCCAAACUACACGAUCUGUACCCUUCAUCAUUAUCCCUAUGAAGGAUGGGAACCAUGACAUUGAGGUCAAAGCAGCUGUUAAAGACUCAUCACUCAAUGAUGGAAUCAUGAAGAGGCUGCGGGUGGUGCCUGAGGGUGUGCUGGUUAAAUCACCUCAGAUUGUGAUUAUAGACCCAACUACCAAAGGAAAAGGUGGUAGACAAGAAGAAAUUCUCAACAGUAGAAUACCAGAGAAAGAUUUGGCUCCAAACACACCUACUAUCACACAGAUCUCUGUGACAGGCAGAGAACAAGUUGCUGCACUGGUGGAGAACGCCAUUAGUGGGAACUCAAUGGGUACUCUGAUCCGACAGCCCGGAGGCUGUGGGGAGCAGAACAUGAUAAGCAUGACCCUGCCUGUCAUAGCAGCCAUAUAUUUGGACAAAACCAACCAGUGGGAAGCUGUGGGCUUUGAGAAGCGUAAUGAAGCCCUCCAACACAUCAAGACCGGCUAUCAGAACGAGCUUGCCUAUCGUAAUAGUAAUGGGGCAUUUGCUACGUGGGCAGGUCACCAAAGUAGCACCUGGCUGACAGCUUAUGUUGUCAAGGUGUUCGCCAUGGCCAACAAUCUGGUGGCAGUGCCAAACAACGUAAUCUGUGACGCUGUCAAGUUUCUGAUUCUCAACGCACAGCAGCCUGACGGCCUGUUUAGAGAGCUUGGAACAGUGGUCCACGGAGAGAUGAUCGGUGACGUGCGAGGCGCAGAUUCAGAUGCCUCCAUGACGGCCUUCUGCCUCAUUGCUAUGCAAGAGUCACGCACAUCAUGUGCUGCCUCUGUUAAUAGUCUUCCAGGCAGUAUAGACAAAGCAGUGGCCUACCUGGAGAGGCGUCUGCCCGCCCUCACCAACCCAUACGCUGUUGCAAUGACAUCAUACGCCCUGGCCAAUGAAAACAAACUGAACCGGGAUAUCCUCUACAAAUUUAUUUCCCCAGCGUUGUCCCACUGGCCAGUACCUAAGGGACAUAUUUACACCCUGGAGGCCACAGCGUAUGCUCUUCUUGCUCUGGUCAAGGCUGGGGCAUUUGAAGAUGCCAGACCUGUUGUCAGAUGGUUCAAUGGACAGCAGAAGGUGGGCGGAGGCUAUGGAUCAACUCAGGCUACCAUAAUGGUGUACCAGGCUGUAGCUGAGUACUGGGCCAGUGCUAAAGAACCAGAGUAUGAUUUGAAUGUGGACAUAAUGUUGCCAGGCAGGGCAAAGCCUGACAAGUACAACUUCAACAAGCAGAACCACUACGCCACAAGAACAUCUAAAAUCAAUGAUAUAAACCAGGAUGUGACAGUGACUGCCACAGGCACAGGAGAAGCAACAGUGAAAAUGGUGUCGCUGUAUUACGCUCUGCCUAAAGAAAAAGAAAGCGACUGUCAGAAGUUUAACUUGUCAGUGCAGCUCCUCCCAGAGAAAAUGGAUGAAGAUGAGAAGAUAUACAAGCUGAGAAUAGAGGUUUUGUACAAGGACCCGGAGCGUGAUGCAACCAUGUCAAUCUUGGAUAUUGGCUUGUUAACUGGCUUCAUCCCUGACACAAAUGACCUGAACUUGUUGUCCAAAGGACGUGCCCGCACUAUUGCAAAAUAUGAGAUGAACACAGCCCUGUCAGAAAAAGGCUCACUCAUCAUCUACCUGGAUAAGGUUUCUCACAGGCGACCAGAAGAGAUCACGUUCAGGAUCCGUCAGCAGCUGAAAGUGGGCGUCUUACAACCAGCUGCUGUGUCUGUCUAUGAAUACUAUGAACAAACACAUUGUGUGAAAUUCUACCACCCAGAGAGGAGAGCUGGACAGCUAAUGCGGCUCUGCAGAAAUGAUGAAUGCACAUGUGCUGAAGAGAACUGCAGUAUGCAGAAGAAGGGCGAUAUCAGCAAUGACCAGCGCACAGCUAAGGCUUGUGAGACUACUACAACGAGCAAAAUAGAUUUUGUGUACAAAGUGAGACUGGAAGAAUUUACAGACGGUCUGUCCACUGACAUUUACACAGUACGAAUACAGGAAGUCAUCAAAGAAGGAAGUUAUGAUGUGGGUCCUCAGGGUAAACUGCGCACAUUCCUCAGUUAUCCACACUGCAGGGAGUCUUUAGAUCUGAAAACAGGCAAAACCUACCUGAUCAUGGGCACAUCCAAAGACAUUCACAAAGAUGAGCAAAAUGAACUGCAUCAGUAUGUACUUGGUGAGAGAACCUGGAUCGAGUACUGGCCCACAGAUGCAGAGUGUCAGAUUGAUGAAUACAGACCUACCUGUUUGGGCAUGGAGGAGCUGGUGCAGCAGUAUGCACUCUUCGGAUGUCAGCAGUAG